UGACUCUAUGAUCGUUGCAUCUCCCUGGACCGGACUGGUCAGUUUCUUUCGGAAGGAGCUGAAAGGAGAAAAAAAGCAAAGGUUGUGAAAUGGCAUUGAAGCAACACUCAGGAUCCUCCCCCCUUUCCCCUGGAGAGGAAACAGCCACCAUGCAUCCGGCUCCGGGGCUGGUGACCUUCGAGGAAGUGGCCUUGCAUUUUACUGAGGAGGAAUGGGCCCUGCUGGAUCCAGGCCAGAGAGCUCUUUAUGAGGAAGUCAUGGUGGAGAUUCAUGAAAUGAUCACCUCUCUGGGAGAUGUCUGGGGGAUCACGGCUAAGGGGGAACCAUCAGAAGGGUCACCAAAAAGAGCUGAGGAGCAGGAGGAGGAACGGAAAUUGGGGGAUCAAGAUGGAGCAAAGAGACAAGAGAAGAGACAAACGCAGGAACAGGAGGAUGAAUCCAGAACUUCUCAGGGUGGUGAAUGUACAAUUCAAUGGGAAACUCAUCACCUAAAAGAAACGAGCAUGUCUCCUGAGUGCAGAAAAAUCUUCAGUUUUCAAAAAAACCUAAAUACACAUCAUGGAAGGCGUGCGACAGAGAAACAAUACAAAUGCUUGAAGUAUAGGAAGGGAUCUUUUGAUAAAUUGAGCCUUGUUAGACAACAGAUAGUUCACACCAGGGUGAAACCAAGUACAUCCUUAGGCUGUGGGGAAAGUAUCAGUCAGAGUGAAAGUCUUGCUUCCAGUCAAGUAAACCAUAUUGGGGAGAAACCACAUAAAUUCUCCAAAGGCAAGAGCUGUUCUGACUGGUCCAUGAUUGUUAGUCAUGAGAGAAUCGACACAGCAGAGAAAUCCUCUAAAUGCUUGGAGUGUGGUAAGAUUAUCAAAGGUUAUAACCUGGCUGGACAUCAGAGAAGUCACACAGGGGGAAAACUUUAUACGUGCCCUGAUUGUGAGAAGUAUUUCAGCCAGAGGUAUAAUCUGACAAGAGAUCAGAAAAGUCCCAUAGGAGACAAACCAUAUGCAUCCCUGGAAUGUGGAAAGAGCUUCAGUCAGCAUGGCACCCUUAUUUCUCAUGAAAGAACUCAUACAGGGGACAAACCUUAUAAAUGCUUGAAGUGUGAAAAGAAUUUCAGUCGGAGUAGCACCCUUAAUUUACAUCAAAGAACUCAUUCAGGGGACAAACCUUAUAAAUGUUUCGAGUGUGGAAAGACCUUCAGUCGGAGUAGCACACUUACUUUCCAUCAAAGAACUCAUUCAGGGGACAAACCUUAUAAAUGCUUGGAGUGUGGAAAGAGCUUCAGUCAGAGUGGCAACCUUUCUUCGCAUCAAAGAACUCAUACAGGGGACAAACCUUAUCAAUGUUUGGAAUGUGGAAAGAGCUUCAGACGGAGUAGCACCCUUACUAAACAUCAAAGGAUUCAUACGGGGGAUAAACCUUAUAAAUGCUUGGAGUGUGGAAGGACCUUCAAUCAAAGUAGCGCGCUUACUUCACAUCAGAGAACUCAUACAGGGGAGAAACCUUAUAAAUGCUUGGAGUGUGGAAAGAGCUUCAGUUACAAGGACGCCCUUACUAAACAUCAAACAACUCAUACAGGGGACAAACCUUAUAAAUGCUUGGAGUGUGGAAAGAGCUUCAGUCAGAAUAGCACCCUUACUUCGCAUGAAAGAACUCAUACGGGGGACAAACCUUAUCAAUGCUUGGAAUGUGGAAAGAGCUUCAAUCGGAGCAGCACCCUUACUUUGCAUCAAAGAACUCAUUCAGGGGACAAACCUUAUCAAUGCUUGGAGUGUGGAAAGAGCUUUAGUCAGAGCUGCAACCUUUCUUCACAUCAAAGAACUCAUACGGGGGACAAACCUUAUCAGUGCUUGGAAUGUGGAAAGAGCUUCAGUCGGAGUAGCACCCUUACUUUGCAUCAAAGAACUCAUUCAGGGAACAAACCUUAUCAAUGCUUGGAGUGUGGAAAGAGCUUCAGUCAGAGUGGCAACCUUACUUCACAUCAGAGAACUCAUACAGGGAACAAACAUUACAAAUGCUUGUAUGUCAGCACCUAAAAUGAUGGAAAAGUAUUUCUAGAGGUGUUUGUCCCAUGACUUGUCAUUUAACAAUAGAGAACUGAGUCUUAAUUAAGAAAAAGUGAGGCGAGAUAAAAGGACAAAGUGGAAUGCAGAAAAGUUGGGGUUUCACUCAAUGGUGAUAAAAAAAAGCUCACUGCUAGAACUCAUUACUACUACUAUUAUUUAUUUAUAGCAUUGGUGUGCCAUAAUUAUUGUUUGUAUAGUUAAACUGCACCCUUUUUUCUGAGUAGAGUUAGGUUUACAUAACCAUACUCUAUUUUUCUUUUCCCAAUAAUAAUAUAUACGGAUUCUUAUUUCUCCCUUCUCCAAGAUUCAAUAAUGUGCUGUGGAUUUCUCUGACAUUAUCAGACUCCUAUCUUUCGUAGCCUAAAAUGCAUUUGCUGGUAUUCUACUGAUGUAUUUACUAGGGGCUGUCCCCCUGCUUGCUUCACUUACCAUCCCUGCCAAGCUAAGACUGAUGGGAGUUAUAGUUCAGCAACAUCUGGAGAGCCUUUAUUGUCUUUAUAUUGUAUUGAUUGACUAGAUUUUUGUAUUUGUACUUUUGUAUCCCCCCCCAUAUUAAUCUGUUCACUGCUGUGGUCAAGAAUCAGUAUACAAAUAUAUAAACAAACAUCUGCAGUACAGUAGGUGUACGGAACCUUUGGCCCUUCAGCUAUUGCUACAGCUCACAUCAGGAUCAGGAGGAUGGCCAAGGGCCACGGAUGAUGGUAGUUCAGCAACAUCUGGGAAGCUGAAGAUUUCCCCCACCAGGUAUGGAGAGAUACUCCACAAACGCAGCCCCCCCUCCAGAACCUACCUGCCUCCUCUCCGUGUCUGUUCUUGUUCCUCCCAUGCACUGCACCCCUUUCCCACCCUCCCCUUACCAGAGUCCUAAACCUGCCUCUCACACAGAUCCUCCUUCUCCCUUCCAGGCCUUCCACAGUGACUCCCAUCCCAUCCCCAAUCCUGAGGCUCACCUGCAAAUGCUUUGUUCUCUUAAGAGGGGGUAAAAAGCAACACGCCUUAGCAUGCCAAGUCCUAUCCCUUUAUUUGGCACGCUCCCUUCCCUUUCAACAGCACUCUGUUUCUGGCUGUCAUAUGUUUCAUCCAGCCCUUCCAUCCUCUCUUUCUUAUCACACUCUCCCCCCCUUCUCAGCAGGAGACAGGAGAGAGAGGUAGGUGGAGGGAGCGAACGGGCAGGUGGCCUGGAAGAUUCCUCCCUGUGAUCUGCAGCAGGGAGCCUGCCGUGGAUCGCAGCAGUGGAGCGCUACUCUCCAGCCCUAAUGAGGGGCCCUUCAAGCGCCCUCACCCACGGCCAGACCUGGACGCUGUUUGGUGUCAGACCUGAAAGUAUGAUAACCUCAGUUUCAUCAUUUCAGCUUCUAAUGAUAGUUCUGGUUUAAUUUGUUCUAACACCCAAUUAUUUGUCUUUUUUGCAGUCCGUGGUAUGCGCUAAGCUCUCCUCCAACACCACAUUUCAAAUGAGUUGAUUUUUCUCUUAUCCGCUCUUUUCACUGUCCAACUUUCACAUCCAUACAUAGAGAUCAGGAAUACCAUGGUCUGAAUGAUCCUGCCUUUAGUGUUCAGUGACAUUUUUGCAUUUGAGGACCUUUUCUAGUUCUCUCAUAGCUGCCCUCCCCAGUCCUAGCCUUCUAAUUUCUUGACUGUUGUUUCCUUUUUAUGUAAUGACUGUGCCCUGGUAUUGAUAAUUCUUGACAAGUUCAAUGUCUUCGUUGUCAACUUUAAAGUUACAUAAAUCUUCUGUUGUCAUUACUUUAGUCUUCUUGAUGUUCAGCUGUAGUCCUGCUUUUGUGCUUUCCUCUUUAAUUUUCAACAGCAUUCGUUUCAAGUCAUGACUAUUUUCUGCUGGUAGUAUGGGAUCAUCUGCAUAUCUUAAAUUAUUUAUAUUUCUCCCUCCAAUAUUUACACCUUCAUCAUGGUCCAGUCCCUCUUUCCAUAUGAUAUGGUCUGUGUAUAGAUUAAACAAAUAGGGUGAUAAAAUACACCCCCGUCUCACAUCCUUUCCGAUGGGGACCCGAUCGGUUUCUCCGUAUAUUGUCCUUACAGUAGCCUCUUGUCCAGAGUAUAAAAUGACUCUUCUUUGAGAAUUCUCAGCCUUACUCUUCUUUGGGUCGAAAACUGACCAAUGAACUCAAAUGUGGAUUUCAAAAGUCGCAGUGCUUCCCUCACUUUCUGUCCGCUCCACUGUGACCCCCAUUCCACCUUCCUUUUCCCACUAUCCCCUUCAGCUCCCACCCCAGUGAUCUUAUUCUCCCAUGCACUCACACAAAAUAGUCACUACAGACUAUAGAAAGACUCCUCCAGUGUCGCCCAGGCUCUGUCACUUGCUUAGCCCUGACUCACUCCGACUGGCAAUGAAGCAUUAGGGGAAGGCAUUGUGGGGGUGUCUGAGUUGGGGGGUGAGUGGCAGGCCAGGCAAGGCAACAGGAGCUCCUACACAGGUGGACGAAUCAGGAGGCCAUCUCCCGCCAUCCCCUUGUAUGGCAAUGCUUGGUGUGAGGAGGGUGCAUAUGGGUCAAUGGUGUCUGAGGAGGCCAGAGGGGAGAAGAGAGAGGAGGCAUCACCGCGCCCUUGACAAACACGGCCACUUCUUGCCCUGCCCCUCCCUCCCUCCUUCUCCAUACACCACUUCCAUCUCUUUCUCCUCCUUCUCCUGCCACGGGUUCUGCCGCCACCACAGCAAAGAAAUAAUGAAACAAGAGGAUGCUAGAUAAAACCAUAAGAGUAAGUUUGUAAAUAGUAUACCAUUAAAACCAAGUUCCUGUCUUCCAGGGGUGGUGGACAGAUUAAGAUGGGCUGUCCCAUCUUGGGGGAGACUAAUGCCGCUCUGGGCUCCUGCUGGGAGGAAGGGCGGGAUAUAAAUCAAAUAAAUAAAGAAAUAAUGGAAUCCACUGGAUUCCUGAAUGCCCUGGUGGAGUUCCCAGUAGAUACAGCAGGUGACCCUGUUGAAGCCCUUGUCACCCUGUGGAACAAUGAGAUGCACUGGGCUCUUAAAACAAUUGCCCCUAAGCGCCCUCUCCAGCAUUGUGAAGCCCGGUUUGCACUUUGGUACACCAAUGAACUAAGGCAAUGAGGCUGGAUGCCACACAGGUUGCCACACAAAGGAGGGCCAGGAUCUCGAUCGUCCCAGAGUGCAGGACAUGGAAUAAUGGGCUCAUGUUACAGAAAGCCAGAUUUCAAUUGAACAUCAGAAAAAAAUGUCCUAACUGUUAGAACGGCACUACAACGGAACCAAUGACCUAGGGAGGUAGUGGGCUGUCCAAUACUGGAGGCAUUCAAGAGGCAGCUGAAACCUUUGGCCCUCCAGAUGUUGCUGAAUUACAACUCCCAUCCACCCUCACAAGCAUGGUGUCAUGGGCUGCCCCCAUUAUUUUGCAUUCAUGGUAUUUUUACCCCCCCCAAGAGCCCUCAUUAGCAAGAACAAUACUAUUAUGUAGCAAUACUAUUAUGUAUUAUAGAUAAUUGUUAGAAUGCUGUUAAAACAUUGUCUGAGAGCCUCUGGAAGGAACAGCCUUAUAUGGAGACUCAGGAACAGUUGCACAGCAGCCAGUGUUCCAGGCAAUCUGCCAAGUUGGUAGUAAAGAGAGAUAAGGAUAGCUGGAACUGAUAACAGAAAGCCUAUAAAUGGAGAGGAGUUUGUACAGUAAGUUACCAAUGCUUCUAAGCCUGGUCAGAGACGCUGCUGCUGCUGCUGCCAACAUUCCAAGCGUGAGAUAAUGUUAAUUUACUUUCUGGAUAAGAAAUAGAAGAUAGCCUUAAGAUACAGUGCAAUGUAACAUGUUUGCUUCAGACUUAUUGGCUAAGGCUAACUAUAUGCAUUCAUGUAAAACAUUAAGAAGUGUUAAAAUGUUUAAGGAAUAAAUUUUAUAAAGGUAGUGCA